CCGACAAAAGUCACGAAGCCGCUGUCCGGGUAUUGUUUGAUUCGUUUCGUGUUUGAUUACGUGGAAGAAUCGGGAGGACCGUGGAGAGUCAACGUCUUCUUCCUAAUCUGCUCAGCGAAAUCAGUAACACGGCGAACGUGAAGCUUCCAUAACGGUAACAGUAGACCGGGUAGGUUGCAAGGAGCCGCCGCCAUAUAAAGUGAAUCGUAACUGGGAGCUGGUUCGCAGUACGCGUCCCAUUCGCAUUCGACAGAGGCUGAGGCGCUCAGAGUGGUAUUUUGUUGUGUCCGGAAAUUCGCGUGAGAGAUGAAUCUUUUCGCGAUUCUUUGUGUCGUGGCCGUGGCGGCUGGCGUCGCAGUUGCUGAUGACUCGAAGGGUCCCAAAGUCACCGACAAGGUGUAUUUCGACAUUGAAAUUGGCGGAGAGAAGGCCGGACGGAUCGAGAUUGGGUUGUUCGGUGCCACCGUGCCCAAGACGGUCAAGAACUUCAAGGAAUUGGCUGAGAAGCCCGCAGGAAAGGGUUACAAGGGAAGCAAGUUCCACCGAGUCAUUCGCGACUUCAUGAUCCAGGGAGGCGACUUCACUCGCGGCGAUGGUACCGGAGGCGAAUCUAUCUACGGCGAGCGCUUCGAAGAUGAGAACUUCAAGCUGAAGCACUACGGCGCCGGCUGGUUGAGCAUGGCCAACGCCGGUAAAGACACCAACGGGUCGCAGUUCUUCAUCACCGUAAAGCAAACAAGUUGGCUUGAUGGUCGUCAUGUGGUCUUCGGAAAGGUUUUGAACGGCAUGAAAGUCGUCAAGCAGAUCGAGAACACUUCAACCGAUGGCCGUGACCGGCCUACGAAAGACGUUGUUAUUGUUGAUUCCGGCUCGCUGCCGGUGUCUGAACCUUUCGCAGUGGCCAAAGCUGACGCCGUCGAUCCAUGAGAAUUGCACGAUUGACGUGCAGUCGUCUAGCCUCAAUGGGAGCUUUUAGUAAUAAAAUUCACAAUCACAUGAUGGUUUACAUUUAAUGGAAUUAUAAUUACUGCAUUUAUAUUAAAGUAGUUGCCUAAAUAAACGAUAAUUUUAUAGAAA